AUGGGCAGCGUGGAGGUGACCCGUUCCAUGCGCACCCUCGACUUUGACGCAAGGAAGCAAGUCACGCGAGAGGCAAUCAACAGACUGUGCAAGAGGACGGCGGCAAAGAGUGCAGACAAAACGGCAAAUACCGAACACGAGCGUCUAUCUUGCGUACUGGGACGGAGCAACGUGCAGUUUUCGGGGAGGCGGGUCAUCCUCAGCGUCUCGGCAGACACGCUCACCCUCCUGGCCGCCUCCUCGCAGAGGAUCGGCCAACACUCCAUCCAGGCCAUUUCCUUCGCCUCGGGGGGAGACCCGGACAUGGAAGACUACAUUGCAUAUGUGGCCAAAGAUCAAGUCAAUCAAAGAGCGUGUCACAUCCUGGAGUGCCUCGAAGGCCGGGCAGCCGAGGUGAUCCGCAGCAUCGGUUGGGCCUUCGAGUCUCGCUUCAAACAGCAACUCCGUCACGCGCCGCCGCUCAUCUCCGCCGAUCCCAGAUCGGCGGGGGGAAUCUGCAACAAGUGGCUGUCGGAGGAGACUUUGACGGACGCCGAUGAGGAUAAUGGCGACGCUAACGGCGAACGUCACCGCUACUACAGUGUGACUGCGAGGACUACGCCACGCCUCGGGGAAGGACUUGACCUGUGGGUCACAAGGGCGGACACGGAACAGAUUGCAUCCUCUCCGGCUGUUUUGCUCUGCGAGAACUGUUCCAUCGAGCAGGACGGAGAUGCCCGGACGACAGAAUCUGAGACGAGGAGUAAACGACGUUCCCCUCCUUGCGACGCAAACGUCGGGAACCCGAUCCAGGACGAGGGCUGGUUUCACGGCAGGUUAGCAAGAGAGCGGGCCGAGUCCCUUCUGUCGUGCAACGGGGACUUCCUGGUCCGAGAAAGCAGCUCGGCCUGCGGUCAGUACGUGCUCAGCGGGAUGGACGGAACCACCGUGCGCCACCUGCUGCUGGUCGACCAGCACGGCCAGGUUCGGACCUGUGACCAGGUCUUCCUCAGUGUGGGCCACCUGGUCCGGUUCCACAUGCACAACCAGAUACCCAUCGUGACCGGGAGCGACCAGCUUUGCCUCAAGCAGCCGAUCCUGCAAAGACACUAGCGUGUACCCGCGGGCCACGGAAAGCCCUUUCAGCAUUUAUUCCUCCUCCAUGUGCACAUGCGCUACUACUACAAAAUGCAUGUUGGUAGUAAUGUGACGUUGUGCUACUAGUAUGCCUACUGGUGUGCAUACGUAAUUGGAAGAAUAAUGUUACCGAGAGGACAUGGUUGUUCUACUAGUGCGCUCUAGUCAUUUUUCCAUUGUGCUGGAUUGUCUGUGUAGUGAGGACAAAAAAAAGCAUACUAGUGCUGUAUAUAAAUAUGGACCCGAACCGAGAUGAACAAGGAUAUUGAAUAGAUGCUCAAAUGCAGUCGGGCGCAUUCAUAUUUUACUGUCUGGGAUGAACUUUUAGUGAGAAAUUAACCCUAAAAGUUCAACAUUAUGACACUAGUGGCCCAAUGUGGCUUUUCUCAUGUACUGAGUACAAAAAAAAAAUGCUAAGAAUUAAAUUUCUCUAUUUUGACCAUAA